UACUCAGUCUGUUUUAGAUAAAAAUAUAUAGCUCAUAUCUUUUUCUGAAAUUACUUGAGUAUAAUAUAUUUUUUCAUUUUGUAGUAAACUAUCUGACAAAAAUGAGCGAAAAUAAUACUUCUUUCAUAUCUAAAAUAAAAUCAAAUGAUAUACUUUGGGUUACGACAUUGGAAAAUCCAAAAUUCGUUACUUAUAUGGUUGUAUGUGCCCUAUUGGUAUUAAAAAUGUGGUGGUUAACGGUUUUAACAGUGAUGAAAAGAGUGAAACACAAGGUGGUAAUGAAUGAAGAGGAUACCAAGGUGGGUGGUACUACGGUUGGUAGUCAUCCAGAUGUUGAAAGAGUACGGAGAGCUUUUCAAAACGAUUUGGAGAACAUACCAGCAUUCCUGUUUAUAGCGUUUGCCUACCUGUGGGUGUCGGUACCAUCUUGGGUAGUGCAUUUCCUCUACUAUCUAUUCUUUGUCGCAAGACUUGGACACUCCGUCGUUUAUGCUGUGGUUCCCAUAAGGCCGCCUGCAAGGGGCAUAUGUUUUGUUACGGGUUUUCUCAUUGUGACGUACAUGAGUAUACACGUGUUGAUUGCUGGCAUAAUAGCUUAUUGUAAGAAGUAUGGCGGCUCGUCAGAAUUGAAAAAAGUGAUCAAAAUGUAUGAAAAUAAUGUUAAUCUUACGCUAGACGAUACGAAAUUUGCCACUUAUAUGAUAGUUUCUUCAUUGCUAGUUUUGAAAACUAUGUGCCUUAUAGUUUUAACUAUUUACCAUCGGAUCAGAAAAAAUAUACAUAUUAGCGAAGAAGAUAUUGGUUUGUCAGGUGGGACCGUAGAAUUAGAUCCAGAAAUUGAGCGAGUAAGAAGGUCUGUCCAAAAUGAUCUAGAGAAUAUACCAGCUUUUUUAGUGAUAUCAUUCGUAUACCUAUGGGUUCCUGUACCUGCCUGGACUGUCCAAGUAUUAUAUUACACUUUCCUGGUAUUCAGAGUUCUGCAUUCCAUUGUUUACGCCAUUUACGUGGUACCCCAACCAGCCAGAGGCUUGUGUUUUGCAAUCCCUUUUGCGAUUUUGUUCUAUAUGUGCUGCCAUGUUUUUGUUUAUGCAUUUUCUUCAGUUAUUAGUAAAAACGAAAUGUCAACAGAUAAAUAUGAUUUAUAAGUAAUA